AGCAACAUGUCUUGUAAAGGAGAGGCUGUGUUGCGUGUUGAGGAAGUAUUGCUUCUCUUACCUUCAAACCUCUUCAAUGAGGUCUUUCUUGAUUGCACUGGUCCACAUCCACAGAGCUAUAGAGGAGGUAGCUACUAUGAUCGGAAGCCAAGGAUGUGGCACGCGUUGAACCAAUAUGGUUCCAUAAAGAAGCCAAGUAGUGAUGAUGCCGGUGCAGAGCGAGUUAAGCCGCGUGGCACUGGAGUGUUUCUUCCUGCCAGACCGGUAAGUAGCUCGGAAGAGAAGAUGCACAAGAAGAAGCCAUGCCCCAUCAUCUCCUCACGUUCCAGACAAGUCUUUCUCCCUAAAGAAUGGGCUUAUUAGCUAGUAUUUACCUAGUGUAUAUCUUAUACUACUACGAACGCUAAACACAAAAAUAAGUCCGUCUCUAGAGUUAGGAUUUAUCGUAUUGUGUAUGGUUUGAUGGAUACACACCCUACCAAUUAAUAAUACAUGUCUAGCAUCAAUUCUUAAAAAUGAACAUAUAUAUACUACCUGAACAAUGAAGAAGCAUCCCCCUUAUAGCACUAA